GUGUUGUGGUUGGAUAAGAAUGUGGCGUAGGAUUGAUAGCGAGAGUGAAGCAGCUGGGUGGGUUUAGAUUUUUUUUCAAGUUGCACGAUUCCAGCUCCUUCCAGCGUCCUAUCAGAUAGCGAUGUUUGACUCCUUACUCCUUUGCUUUAGUUUUAACCCCUUAGUUGAUCACCUAUCAGCAUCUGUUUUUGGAGAGAUCUUGGUCUUGAUUUGCAUCCUAAUGUGCUUUUUAGAUUGAUUAAUUACAAGGUUCCUAUAAAUAAGGCUGAUUUUCUAGCUGAAGUUCUAAGUAAGUGGAAAGUAUUGGGUUUUUUUUUUCAUUUAGGGAGAAAGAAAAAAUAUGGAAACGAAAGAGAAAAAGUUCCUGACGGUCGCUCCCUUUGAGUGUGCUUGGAUAAAGGAUCUGAAAUUCCGUGAAGCUGGCAGAGGAUGUGUAUCAUUCGAUGCUUUCGCUCACAAUGAUGUUACUGUGGUGUUUAGGGAGAAUGUUGGAAGUCAACACUAUCAUUAUAAGAGGGAUAACAGUCCUCAUUAUACUGUAAUCAUUGGUAGCCAUAGGAAUAGUAGGUUGAAAAUUGAGGUGGAUGGGAAAACUGUGGUUGAUGUGGUAGGUAUUGGUCUAUGUUGUUCUUCUGCAUUUCAGAGUUAUUGGAUCAGUAUCUACGAUGGGUUGAUUAGUAUUGGUAAAGGAAGAUACCCUUUUCAGAAUCUUGUGUUUGAGUGGCUAGAUACAAAUCCAAAUUGCAGUGUUCAGUAUGUUGGCCUUAGUAGCUGGGAUAAACAUGUUGGCUAUAGGAAUGUUAACGUAUUGCCCUUGACUCAAAAUCAUUUGUCGCUGUGGAAGCAAGUUAACAGCGAAUACAAUGGCGACGGUGAUGAGGAGUUGGGAGAUGAACAAACGGGCUAUGACAAAUGGGGGCUUGAAAAUUUUCUUGAGAGUUGGGAAUUAUCUGAUAUGGUGUUCAUUGUUGGUGAGGAGGCAAGGUCUGUCCCUGCUCAUAAGGUUAUAUUGCAAGCAUCAGGGAACUUUGGUCUGAGCUCAUCACAUGAAGAUGUUAUUCAGCUACAGCAGGUAGCAUAUCCAACUCUGCACGCGCUUCUUCAGUAUGUGUAUGCAGGCCAAACACAGAUUUCAGAGGCACAACUUAGUUCGUUGUGGGGUUUGGCUUUACGGUUCGAAGUGAUGCCACUAGUGAAGCAAUGUGAGGAAGCAAUGGAGAGGUUUAAAGCAAACAAAAAGUUGUCGGACUCAGGUGAGACUAUGGAGUUAUCAUAUGCGAGUUCUCAUAUCCACUUUGGAGGAAAUUUCUGUUGUGGGCUCCCAAUAAACAUGCAGAGACUCCAACAAUUGCGUUCAACAGGCGAGUACAGUGACAUUAGCAUUUACAUUGAGGGUCAAGGUCUCAUUGCUCGGGCUCAUAAAGUCAUUCUCGGGUUAUAUAGUGUCCCAUUUACAAAGAUGUUCACGAAUGGAAUGUGUGAGAGCAACUCACCUGAGGUUUGUUUAAGGGAUGAGUCUCCAGCAGCAUUGAAGGCUAUGCUUGAAUUCAUGUACUGCGGGGAUCUCAGGAUUGAGGAUAAUGAGGACUUUGGUACCUUGUUACUCCAGCUCCUUCUGUUAUCUGACAAAUUCGGAAUCUCUCUUCUUCAUCAGGAAUGCUGCAAAAUGCUUUUAGAAUGCCUCUCAGAGGACUCUGUCUGUCCAAUCCUCCAAGUGGUUUCCUCAAUCCCAUCAUGUAAACUUAUCAAGGAAACUUGUGAAAGGAAUUUUGCAAUGCACUUUGACUACCGCACUACUGCAAGCCUUGAUUUCAUCUCUUUAGACGAGACAACUUUCAGGAAUAUUAUUCAGCAUCCGGAUCUAACUGUAAUAUCUGAAGAAAGGGUUCUCGAUGCAAUUUUGAUGUGGUACAUGAAAUCAGAGAAAUUGUGUGGAUGGGAAGUGGUGAAUGAGCUAAUUACAAAUUCAACUUUAGAAAGUGUGUUCAAGGACAGGCUUCAACUGGUGAAUGACUUGCUUGCAUCAGUGCGGUUCUCUUUAUUGCCAUACCCCCUGCUAAAGAAGUUAGAAAAUACCAGUCUAAGCACGCAGAUAUCUGCUUUUGGUGAUCUUGUUAAGGAAGCCAUUAAUUAUAUAGAAUGUGGAGCAGCAACACAUGGAAACGACCAGAAUGAAAGAUUUCAACAUAGACGUUCCAGUUAUAAGGAGCUACAGUAUAUAUGUGAUGGGGAUAGCAAUGGAGUUCUGUACUUCUCCGGGACAUCAUAUGGGGAACAUCCUUGGGUUAACCCUGUUCUGUCUAAGAGAAUUACUAUUACAGCUAGCAGCCCUGCUUCAAGGCACACAGAUCCCAAGGUUUUGGUAUCAAGAACUUACCAGGGAACAUGUUUUGCUGGGCCUCGUAUGGAAAACGGAAAUAUCUGUGCUUGGUGGAUGGUUGACAUUGGCAAAGAUCAUCAGCUUAUGUGCAACUACUACACAUUGAGACAGGACGGCUCCAGGGCAUACAUAAGGAAUUGGAAAUUUCAGGGUUGUAUGGAUGGAAAGACUUGGAUAGAUUUGAGAGUGCACGAGAAUGACCAAACAAUGUGCAAGCCAGGUCAGUUUGCAUCAUGGCCUGUAACUGGACCGAAUGCUCUGCUUCCAUUUAGAUUCUUCAGGGUUCUACUCACUGGUCCGACCACGGAUGCCUCAAACCCCUGGAACUUAUGCAUUUGCUUCCUGGAGCUCUAUGGUUACUUCCGUUGAAUGUGAAAUUAAUAUGUGCAUCUAUUCUGGGUUUUCCAAUAGCAGAUCCUUUUCAAGUUUUUUUUUUUUUUUUUUGACCUACCACCACGUACAGUUCUACCAAAUAAAAUUUAUGUAGUUGACGUUGAGAACUGAAUUUACCUCGUGCGAUUCCUGCCACUGAAAAGAUCCGUCGAUCGAAAAUAUGUAACAUGGCAAUUCCAUGUAAAAGUAUGUUGUUGUGGGUCAUUCGCCCUCAAGAUACAAUACAUCACCUAUACACUUUAUAUCAUAAAAA